CCCGUUUCACACUCCGCCUCAGACCCCGCCCCCCUCGCACUUCUUCUCGCCGGAGAAACAGUUUUCCGGCGACCGGCCGUUCUCUCUCUCUCUCUCUCUCUCUCUACCGAGAAGCCUUCGCUUCUCGUUCCGAUCUCGGGAAUUCCGGGCCUCCGAUCGCUCGACCGAUCGUCCCGAGAUCGAGCCGGAAGGGGAAAAGGCGCGAAGAAACGAAGCCGGACGGGCAGCGCGCUCGCGCGAGAGGGAGGGAGGGAGGGAGGGGGCAGGCGGAACCGGAAUGGGGUCGGAGCUGAUUUACCGGGGUCACGACGCGCAGCCGGUGCCGGACCCGUACUCACCGAAGCCCGACAAGCCGUGGCAGCCGGUGGCCCGCGCGAUCCGGUACCUGCUCCGGGAGCAGCGCCUCGUGUUCGUCCUCGUCGGCAUUGCCAUCGCCACGCUCCUCUUCACCGUGUUCCCCAGCGGCACCUCGACCCUCUCCGGGUACGGAUCCGGGGCCUACGACCCGAUCCCGGGCGCCCACGUGGCCCACCACAGCAGCUUCAACCGGUUCGAGAGCGAGCACGCGGUGUACCAGCAGCGCGCCGGGUUCGGGUCGGUGAGCGGGAAGGUGCCCCUGGGCCUGAAGCGCAAGGGGCUGCGGAUCGUGGUGACGGGCGGGGCCGGGUUCGUGGGGUCGCACCUGGUGGACCGGCUGAUGGCCAGGGGGGACAGCGUGAUCGUCGUCGACAACUUCUUCACGGGGCGGAAGGAGAACGUGAUGCACCACUUCGGGAACCCCCGGUUCGAGCUGAUCCGGCACGACGUCGUCGAGCCGCUCCUCCUGGAGGUCGACCAGAUCUACCACCUGGCCUGCCCGGCGUCGCCGGUCCACUACAAGUUCAAUCCCGUCAAGACCAUCAAGACGAACGUGGUGGGGACGCUGAAUAUGCUCGGGUUGGCGAAACGGGUCGGGGCGCGAUUCCUGCUGACGAGCACGAGCGAGGUGUACGGAGAUCCGCUGCAGCACCCUCAGGUCGAGACUUACUGGGGCAAUGUCAAUCCCAUCGGUGUCCGAAGCUGCUACGACGAGGGAAAGCGUACUGCCGAGACGUUGACCAUGGACUACCACCGAGGAGCCGGCGUCGAGGUGAGGAUUGCCAGGAUCUUCAACACGUACGGCCCUCGCAUGUGCAUUGAUGACGGCCGUGUCGUCAGCAACUUUGUCGCUCAGGCAUUGAGGAAGGAACCGAUGACCGUCUAUGGGGACGGGAAGCAGACAAGGAGCUUCCAAUACGUGUCUGACUUGGUGGAGGGCCUGAUGCGUCUGAUGGAAGGCGAGCAUGUGGGACCUUUCAAUCUUGGAAAUCCUGGUGAAUUCACCAUGCUUGAACUUGCUGAGGUGGUGAAGGAGACAAUCGAUCAGAGUGCAAAGAUCGAGUUCAGGCCAAACACAGAAGAUGACCCGCACAAGAGGAAGCCCGACAUCACAAGGGCAAAGGAGUUGCUUGGCUGGGAGCCGAAGGUUCCGCUCCGCAAGGGUCUGCCUCUUAUGGUAUCCGACUUCCGACAGCGCAUCUUCGGAGACCACAAGGAAGGGGUCACAUCUGGCAGUUCUAUGUCUUAGGUGAGCGCAUUAUACAGUGAAACGAGAUGGUGGGGGAAGGAUCAAGAGAAAUUGUGUGGGUCGGCACGCUAGAACUUCCCCCGGACCUAGAAAUCAUAAGUACCGGCACAGAUGGUAGCGAAGCAUGAACUCCUUACGUUCUCUGUGGAACUAGCUUUUUAGUGGCAUAAUCUCCGAUUCAAUAUAUUCACCAUCUUUGUAAUUUUCAUGUUACUAUCAACCGUGGAUUUAUAGAGAUGAAGUUUCUAAAUUCUUUUUUCAUUUGUCCUUUUUGGCCCUUUUCUUGCGCAUGUGAGGAAUGCCAUAAUACAUCUAGUCCUGUAAUUCUCUUCAGCUCCAGCAAUAUAUGACUGAGUUUCCUGUG